AUGGUUCCCGGACGAGCCCCCAAAUGUUACGUGCCGAGGGCACGAUCGGCUGUUGUCAGUUUCCGGGUCAGGAGGUUGCGAAAGGAGAGGCAGCGGAGCUGGGUGAUGGUGCUCAAAAAGGUUCCAGCAUCAGUUUGUUCCCAGGAGUGUCCUGAUGGAUACAGACAAAAGCCAGAAGGGAUUCACAGAUGUUGCUUCUACUGUGAAAUCUGCCAAAAUGGAACUUUUGUCAAUGUCACAGAGGAUCCCUACACUUGUGUCUCCUGCACUGAUGCUGAAUGGUCUGCAGAGGGAAGCACAUCAUGCAGCCUGCGGGUGGUGGAGUUUGUACCUUUCACAGACACUGGAGCUGUGGUCAUCAUGGUUGCUGCCUUGGUCUUGGUGGGACUGAAUCUGGCUGUGUCUGUUCUCUUUGCCAUCAACUAUAACACACCUGUGGUCAGAUCUGCUGGAGGACCCAUGUGCUUCCUCAUUUUAAUCUGCCUCACUCUUUCUAGUCUCAGUGUGUACUUUUAUUUUGGUCAACCAACAGCAGCUUCCUGUGUCUUCAGGUUUUUACCAUUUCUGCUGUUCUACACUGUCUGUCUGGCCUGUUUUGUUGUACGCUCUUUUCAGAUUGUGCAUUUUCAAAAUAGCAGCUAAGUUCCCAAAGCUUUACAGCUGGUGGAUGAAAUAUCACGGACAGUGAAUGUCCGUGACCCCUUCUGA